GGAUCUGAAGAGGGCAAUAUUCAUUCAAGUCCUUCAUUCACUCUGCCUGGGGCCCAAUAAUGUCUCUUUCAGUCUCUCUCUGCCUCUCUGCAUCACUUUAAACCCACCGGAACACCGAAUCAAAAAGAAUAGGUCGAUUCACCUUUGGCACCCCUUAUUAGUUCCCCUCACUGGCUGGAUCCACCUAGAUAAAGACAAGUACCCCAGAGAUUUAUCGCCAACAGCGCCGCAACUUUUGUUUGUCCAAGCCUCCUUUUGUACCCUGCAACAGCGAAGCCCUCGGCGUCUUGCAGUUGCAAAUUGCGAGUUGUUACGCCUACCUCUUCUCCUUGUCGGAUGCCCACUGUAAUAAUCCCACAGCCGCCCGGGCUCUGAAGCCAGCCUAUUCUCAGCCUUGCCACCCCUGACCAAGGAGGGAAAUUCCUACCAUCGCGGACUACCGUUUGCCAUGAGGCUGCAACCAUGGCGUCCACUGAAACCAACUCUGACCCGGUCAUGGCCGGCCAGGUUCCUCCAAUCGACAUCGAGAGCAAAAUCGAGCAAAUAAGCGACGAUCUGAUAAUUCAGCAAACUAUUCUUGCCUCCCUGCUCGAUGUGCCCCUCAACUCAGUCACCAGCCAGCAAAUCACAGAGACCGAGGCCGAGAUUGGCAGCCUUAAGAAGCAGCUUGCCGAAGCCCACCGUGCCCGGCAGCAUCGAGCUCUACCAGCUUCGUCCGCCGGCAGGAGUGCCACCAUGAACGGUGCCCAGGUACCGCAUUUGCCUGGAGGACCCAGCUUCUUCUCCGGAGCAUCGACCCCUUCCAACAUGUCUACGCCAAGCACUGCCAACUCCGGUUGGGCCGACUCUGCCCAACCCGGUGGACCAUCUCGAAAGCGAUCUUUCGGAAGCAGCCAUCUCGAGCCUACACUGCCUGGCCAGCCAGGCAUCAAAUCCCGUCGAACCACUCCCAGCCCGGCUGCCACGGCGUUUACCAGUCCAUCGCCGAGCACCGAUAGUCAGUUCGGCGACGACGUAGAGGUUAUCGACCUUACGGGGGACGUUGAACCUACUCGGCUCCUUAAGCGGGAGGAAGAGCGACUGGAACGGAACAAGAAGAUUGCGGACAGUGAUGCAAAGGUAGCCCGACAGCUACAAGAACGUGGCUACCUGUCACACUCUCCGUCGCCGACUCUCGGUCCCUUUGGCCUGCCGGGACAGUCUAGCCUCAACCGAUUUGAACGAGCGUUCCCUCGAUUUCCGCAGACAUCACGCCCGCGAAACCCUCCUUCCUCGUCCUCCCAACUAAGCCAAUCCACUAUAAAGCGCGAGCCUGGGCCUUUUGGCUUUGCAGCAACGGGCCUUGGCCCCUCGCUAGGACGAUCAGAUCUAUCCGCGACGCAGAAUGCGAUCAAGCGCGAAACCUCGGGCUUGGCUCAGCGUUACAGGGUCCCCGGAGCAUUUGAGGAGUCGGACGAGGAGGACGAUCUCGCCGCUCUCAGCCGCCCCCUUCCUUUGUCAUAUGGUUCCUAUCCGAUGCCAGCACGAGCCAAGGCAGUACCCGGAUGGGUCAAGACAGAAUCCGGAUGGGUCAAGGCAGAACCAGGCCAAUCUGCCUCUAGCUCGAGCUCACUGAACUCCGUGCCCGGCGCCUCAGCCAUGCAGCUCGGUCAGCGAGCUGCGAUGAUCAAGCCAGAGGGCGGUUUCAGUACUCUUGAGGGUCAAGCAUUGAGCCGUCCCUCCCCGGGCUCGGCCUACGGCGCAACGCUCGGCAAUGGUCGAUGGCCCGUGUUGCCAUCCAACACUGGCCCCCCGGGACUGUAUAUUUCCCCCCGCCCAGGAUAUUUAGCGAAUGGGGCGCCUGGUGUGAGUGCGAGUCGGGACUGGAACAGCAGUCCGUUCGACGCCGGGAUGACGAAUCUGCCAGGCAACAACCCGCUCACUGACAUCAUUAACCGGACGAACAGUUAUGACCUCGUCACCAUGACUGAUGGGUUGGGCAACCCACUCAAUCCGCAGCUGGCGAACUAUCUCGCCGACUUCGUCGACGAUCCACGGAAGACGGCCGAGGAAAUCAAGGAUCUCCUAUCUAACAUCCGGCCCGACAUGGACAUACCGGAAGAAGAGCGAGGCCAGACCCCAGAGGCUCUCAAGUAUGCGCUCUAUCCACACCAACAGCUUGCUCUGAAAUGGAUGACGGACAUGGAAGUGGGGUCCAACAAAGGUGGCAUCCUUGCCGAUGAUAUGGGCCUCGGCAAAACGAUUUCGACCAUCGCCCUGAUGACGACGAGGAAGUCGUCGGAUAAUGUCAAGACGAACCUCAUCAUCGGCCCGGUGGCCCUCAUCAAGCAGUGGGAGGGCGAGAUCAGCAAGAAGGUCAAACGAGAACACCGCUUGACCGUUUGUCUCAUGCACGGCAAGAAGGUCUCGUAUUCCGAGCUGAAGAAAUACGACGUCGUCCUGGCUACGUAUGGAAUGCUUGCCCAAGAGUGGAAGAGAUUCAACGAGCAUGUCAUGAUCCGACAAGACGGUGAUGGGUACGAUGCACGCAAUGACGUUGAGCUUCAGCGGAAGUGUCCGCUCCUCCAUCCUGGGAGCAAGUUCUAUCGGGUCAUCUUGGACGAGGCUCAGUGCAUCAAGAAUAAGGACGCCCAGUCGUCGAAGGGGGCCACCAUGAUCACGUCCACCUACCGUUGGUGCCUCACUGGGACUCCCAUGAUGAACGGCGUCAACGAGCUGUUCCCGCUCAUCCGCUUCUUGAGAGUCCGGCCGUACAAUGACUUCAAGCGGUUCCAGAGGUCAUUUUCCAGCCUCACGACGAAGAUGAACCGCACGACGGAGCAUGCCAGGGGCAGUGCAAUGCAGCAGCUUCGGAUAGUUCUGAAGGCCAUCAUGUUGAGACGGAUGAAGGACUCGGAGAUUGAUGGCAAGCCCAUCUUGACGCUACCGCCCAAGACAGAAACCUCUGAGCAGGUAACUUUCUCUGACGACGAGUUGAGCUACUAUCGGGAUCUGGAAUCCAAGUCGCAGGUCCAAUUCAACAAAUAUCUGCGCCAAGGGACGGUUGGGAAGAAUUAUUCCAACAUCCUUGUCCUCCUCCUGCGUCUGCGCCAGGCUUGCUGCCAUCCCCACCUCAACAUGGACGUCGAGUAUGUCGGCAACGGCGAUGUGUCGAUGGACAAGAUGAUGGAGCUUGCAAAGACUUUGGAUCCCACCGUCGUCGAGCGAAUCAAGGCCAUUGAAGCCUUCGAAUGCCCAAUCUGCUACGAUGCCGUCGAUGAUCCCACCCUGGUCAUUCCCUGCGGCCACGACACCUGUUCCGAAUGUUUCGCCUCUCUGACCGACAAUACCGUCCAGAACAAUAUCCGAUCGGGGCAGGAGUCUGGCAAUGGCAAAUGCCCACAGUGUCGAGGCCCGAUCUCUAACACCAAGGUGAUCAAUUAUACAACCUUCAAGAGAGUCCACAUGCCCGAGACCGUCGUCGAGGAGGAUAAGGCCGAGGUGGCCGAAGUUGAGGUUGACUCGGAGGACGAGUGGACUGGAAGUGAUUCUGAGACUGCCUCCGAACCCGAGCCCGAGGACGACGACGACGAUGCCGAUGAACAUGGCAAUCUAAGAAAUUUCAUCGUCGCAGAUGAUGAGGUCGAGGAGGAUGACGCCGCCGAGGGAGGAGGAGAGGGAGAUGACGCUGAUGAUGAUAGCGAUUUUCCGGAUAUCGAGACCAUCCCGCAUCGCCAGACUCCAAGGAAGCCCACGGAGCCCACGGAGCCCACGGAGCCCACGGAGCCCACGGAGCCCACGGAACCCAAGGAGCCCAAGAAGUCCAACAAGUCCAAGAAGGUCAGAAGGAGUAAGAAGAAGGGUAAAGGCAAGGCCAAGCUCGAGGAGGUCAAACCCCACAUGCUGAAGACGCUUCGUAUCGAGGCCUCCAAGAAUAAGGAGGCACGUCGUCGGUAUAUGAGCUAUUUAAAGAAGAACUGGGAGCCGUCGGCAAAGGUCACGAAGAUCACGGAGCUUUUGGGAGAGAUUGGGCCCUCGGACGAGAAGACCAUCAUCUUUUCUCAGUGGACUUCGUUGCUCGACCUCCUUGAGAUUCCUAUAAAAUAUGAGCUCAACCUGAAGUACUGCCGCUAUGACGGAGGCAUGUCUCGACCCCAGCGCGACACUGCAGUUAAAGACUUCAUCGAGGACCCCCGCACCACAGUCAUGCUCGUCUCUCUGCGGGCCGGAAAUGCCGGUCUCAAUCUCACGGCGGCAUCCCACAUCAUCAUAUGCGACCCCUUCUGGAAUCCUUACAUCGAGAUGCAAGCCGUCGACCGCGCCCACCGCAUCGGCCAACAAAAGGAGGUGAAGGUUCAUCGCGUCCUGGUCAAGGAGACGGUGGAGGACCGCAUCGUUGAACUGCAGGAGAAGAAGCGCGCCCUGGUCGACGCGGCUCUCGACGAGGGAGAGAGCAAGAACCUGGGCAGGCUCAGCGUCCAGGAACUCAGUUACCUGUUCGGGUCUUCGCCUCAUUGAGUGGACGGAUCCUGCGAUAGCACUUGACCCGGGCACAGCCCCGGCAAAAGUCCCCGUUUACGUUUGUAGUAUACCCUUUCCUUUCUCUUUCUUUUCUUUUCCUUUCUACAUGGCUUUGUACAAACAUCUUGCUGGCCGUUACGGCCACUUCGAUCGCAUAGGGGUAAGGUUAGAGGGGCUUGUUGGUAUUACGACCCAUUACAUACAUGACUUUCUUUUUGCUUCGCAGCAACUCGGGGCAUUUGGGGUCAAGGAACACGGUUGGGCACCAUCACACACGGUCGAUGUGCGGAAUGGGAACUGGCGUUUAGGGUGCUUUACUACAUGUAUCUGAACACGAGAACUGCACACCGGAGAUGGUGGAUGUGUAUCAAGUAGCAUUGAUGUCAGGAGCUAGACUCGGGUCUUUAGACAUUACAAUAUACCUGAAUUGCGAUGCUGG